AUGGACCAGUCAAGAGCAGCCGAACAGCGCGCCGUCGCGAUCGCCAAACUUAAGCGGGCUGCGUCGCUGCCCCGGAUGAAGGACGGCAGGCGCCCGCCCAUGCACGUCGAAGCAGUCAGCGAGGGGGAGAAGGUGCAGGCGGAGGAGCAGAAGGAGGAGGGGGGUGCUGCAGCCGAAGACGGAGAACUCGCUGUGCAGGCUGAUACGCCUGUUACGGAUCCGCCGCCACAGUCCGCAGCGCCGGACGGGGAACCCGAUGAGCAGGACCAGCCAGGAGCGCCGGAAGCGGAAGCGGACGUCGAUCCCGAGGCUGAGGCAGACGUGGGACCUGAACCCGAGCCCGAACCCUCCCCUGCGAAGAAGAAACGACGCUCUAGGUCACGUUCGCGGUCAAGAAAUUCGAAGGACUUGAAGGGCAAGUCCAGAGCUCUCGCUUCUCCUUCCCCCGUCCCGAAUAGUGCGGCACUGUACGCCAACGAGUCUUCCGCUGAUGAGGGCCGCCCACAUACACCUUUCAUCGUUCCCCCACAGCUUGUAUCUCCUAUCCCGUCCCACUUUGCGCAACUGCAAGCUGUGCAAGCCCUGCGAUCUCCCGACUCCCCCUUCAUGUAUCCCGGAAGCUCUCCGUCUACCCCACUACCGUCGCUUGAGGCCAUCCGACAGGGUCUUUUUAGAUCCAAUAGUACGAACAGGAUGUUGGCUAUGCACAAGCUUACGGGGGGCAAGGAACCGCUGGAACCCUACAUAUCUCCGUCCCCCACACCACCCUUGUCGGCCGGACGUUACGGAAGCUUAGGGAGAAAUAACACAGUGACAGGUGUUGGCGGGGACCGAUCGGCUGCCCGCCGGGCCAUGCUAAAUGUCAUCGGGGGACGACUGGAAAAGACGGAUGCGGAGCUGACCAGCGGUGGCGAGGAAGCUCCAGUCCCCCCGUCACCCGGACGACGAACGAAACGCCGGUCAAGACGCAGGAGUGCGUCGCGUGCCUCCGCCGUUGUAGACGACAGGGAUCUGUCUUCGACUACUCCCAAUACGCCGUCAACGCCGCUUCCAUCCCUUGCCCCGGCUUCGGUGGAUAGCGUACCCGACCCACCACGACCUCCCUCGUCCCGCUCCGCUCGCACCCCAGACUUACCGAGAGCUGCACCCGACCUCGAGCAGGAGGCUGAUGCGCAUACACCGACAGCGGAAGUGAAGACACCAGUCCAGCAGACCAGGCCGCGGCGUAGCGUGGUUGUGGAAGACGAAGACGAUCACUUUCCCCCGCCCAGGCCAGCUUUUAUGGGGCUGCCUACGACGCCCCGGCGGUCGCAGGGAGGCGUUCGUAUGGCACAUACAUCAGACGCGCCAUCAACUGUAUCGUCAGAAGGUGCUGUUGGUGUGCCCGUGUUUCUAUCUGGUAAGACGGCGAUGGGCGCGGAUGUGUUCCCCAGUAGCCCGUUCAGCACACCGCUGAGGGAGAAGGUGUCGCAUGACGACUCUCGGGAUGAUGAAGAUGAGGAGGUGCUGUAUGAGCCUGAUAUGGGCGGAAGUAUGUGGACUAACAGAGUCACCAAUGACCGAGAGCUCAGCUGGGUCCCGCAUUCAAUCUCUGAAUCGCUCCCGUACACUGACAUUUACGAACGGGAAAUUAGUUGGGCAGCCGAACCAGUACCUGAAUCCCGGAUACCAAUCCAUGAUGAGGACGACGAAGACAAGGACCGGGAGAUUGAUCUGCGGGAACAUCCGGAUGGCAGGUCUUCCCCGCCAGACAUGGGUUACCGCAAUUCAACAGGCUCCAGAGAGUUGAUUGUCGAAACAGACACGUCAGCCGAGCCUACGCCGUCCUACAUCCCUCCGUCUCCCCCUGCCACAGCUCCUUUGAAGUUGCCAUCAUCAUCCCUCGCGCACCCUAUCAGCGAUGACCUGACCUCGUCCCCUACCUACUCUCCUCGUUCUCUCCUUCCUGGCUUCCCCCACCUUCAAAAAGAGCUACCGGACACCCCGACACCCCAUAUUGACUUGAGUGGGCUGGGAGAAUCGCAUGUCACGUCGAAGCGGUCAGCUGACGGCGGUAUGUGGGAUAAGUUCAAGCGGCCUUUCACGAGAACCAACUCCCAGAAUGGUCGACGGUCUCGCACCAACAGCGUCAGCACGCGAGAAAAUAGAAGAGACCAUACCGAUUCCAGUGUUAGUCGCGAGAGCGGUGCCAGCCAGACGAGUGCAAGGUUAGAUAAGGGCGAGAAUAGUAUCUUCGCCAUCCAACAGGCGCAGCCGCCCGCGUUAAUGCAGUCGCCCUCCGCAUCUGCGUCUUUCUUGUCCCUCGCUCCACAGCCACCUCCGCGUAAUGGCGUUUCUCCCGUUCCUCCCGCAUCUUCGGCAGAUCUUGCAAAGUACCAGGACGCGAAGUUGUUCCCAUUCCCUGGCAUGAAGAAACUCGAGGAAGAGAGAAAUAGGGCCAGAGGAAUGUCUGCAUCCGCGUCUUCUCCCGAUAUAAUCUCGCCGUCCUUCAGUCAGGGUCUCUCCGUUGACCAGAUCACUCCCUCAUCUUCCAGUUCUUCUACACAGCCUGCCCGCUCCCCAGUGCCCGGAAGGGAUCGCAAGUUAUCCCACCAGGCGUCUGACUCUCGCUUGCUAUCCAAGUUUAACACCCUUGCGUCACCUCCCAUCUCCCAAGCCCCUUCCUCCUCAUCUAAUUACGAGUACUUCAAGACUUUGCCCGCGGGGACCUUGACGCAUCAGGCUAGCGGUUCUACCAGUAAACUGCCGACUACUAGAGAAGGCGUGAAGAAGUGGCUCAAGGACAAGCUGGUGUUCUCUUCCCAACCAUCGACACCCCUGUCACCCAACUCGCAGCAAUAUUCUCCGCCCGCGUUCGAGCCGAGGUCGGCUGGAGCGAACAAGAAGCCGUCUUUGUCUGAUCUACUUCGCGGCCGCAGGGAUAACGAGUUCGCAUCUGAUCUGGAGGAGCUAGGACAGUCUCGAACGGACAGCAAUACGAGCACUCUUCAAGGUCGGGCUGUGGAGACUGGCCAGAUGUCCCCCAACGUCCGACCUCUGUUGACCGAUCCUUCGAAAAUGUCUUCGGGAAUGAACGGCACUAGUCGAGCUGCACAAGUUCUUUCUACCUUGUCGGACAUGCAAUCUGUCUCCUCUCCGCCUGAUCCACCAUCUACCACUCCUGAGCCGUUUUCGUCCGUUGACGAGUACCCUACUCGUUCUACCUCGGAGUCAUCUUCCGGCCUGUCCUCUAACACGCCCUCUAGUCCACGGGAGGAAUUCAAUUCUCAAGGCGCGGUUGUACUGGAACGCCUGGAUGAGAUGCUAGCCCGCGGCCCCAGGAGCCCGAUGUGGGCUAAUGUGACCGACGAGCCACCUCGCAAACUCAUACAGUCCUCUGCUGUCUUGCAAGUAGCGAACUCUAACACGGUCAAAGACCGAUUCCUGUUCCUCUUCAAUGAUAUCCUCGUCAUCGCCAAGCCCAUCUUACCUGAUCGCGACGUGCUAGGGGAUCCGAUGGCUACGUCGGCCUUGGACAGGAAAUUCAUUGUCAAGAGUGUCGUGCAGCUGCAUCGGCUUCAGUUUACUCCGGAACGUGACGAUCCACCACUUCGAGGUACCUACGAUGCUGCACAGCCAAAGCACCCCAUCAUAAAGUCUUUCGUUCCGCAGUUUGGUAAAGACCCGUAUCAAGCUGUCGCCUCCCUGUUCGAGAAGCUUGGGACCCACGAGGACUCCAUAGCGCUGGGUCAGUUGCUAUUCAGAACCUUAGAUCUGGACAGAGCCCGUUUGGGUGACUACUUGUCCCAGCGGUCAUCCAAGCUGAUUCUGAAGGCCUAUGUUGACUGUUUCGGCUUUGCCGGCCUCCGAGUGGACAAGGCGUUGCGUGCAUUCUUGAUGUCGAUCCACUUACCGUCCAGACCGUCUCAGGUCGAGUACCUCUUGGACGCGUUUGCUAGUCGAUGGUAUGAGGCGAACGCUGGCAUCGUGGCUUACGAUAGGGACCUAGCGAUUCGUCUCGUGAGGGCCAUUGUGCAACUAAAUGACGUUCUCCACGGUGGGAUCGCCCAGGAAGUAGGCGUCACCACAUAUUCACGCAGGAAUGUGACUAGCCGUGACUUUAUGGAUGCCUUCAAACGCGCAAGAGGCUUGGUCCCUGAGGAUCUGCUGGAGAGAAUAUAUUCUUCCAUACGACGUGAGAGGCUUUCCCAGGCAAGAAACCCUUCCUUGAACCAGCCAGACCUUCCUAUCUCUACCAAACGUCCUCUUCCAUCCCGCUUGACGUACCGGGUACAAUCGGAGCCUAUCAUCGUCCGGAUACCGCAACCCGACCCGCAACUGCAGAUCCAGCUCUAUGGUCAAGAUCUCAUCUUUGAUCCUCCAGUCUUGAAUUUCUCGAAGCUGUCCGAGGCCUCCUUCCGGGUUACUGGCACCUCUCUCGGCCCCAAAACUAUCAUCAUGUGCCGCUCUGGACCGAACGCGCUCAUGUACUGGGGCCUGCCACUCAGCAGUACCGUGAUGGUAGAGCGAGCCUUCAUGCGGAAUACAUUUCAAAUCGCAUUCCUCAAUCACGAAAGAGAGAAGCGAAAGUACAUGUUCAGCGUUGAGGACCCCGUCUGGCGGCAUCAAUGGGUUUCGUCAUUGAAACAUCAUAUCGAGGUGGCACGACAAGCUGCGCAGAGUAAUUCUGAGGCGGCGGGUCCUUCCAGAUUCCACAGGUCUGCCGAGAGCGUUGCUUUCCGCGUGCUUCAGGAGACCUUGAUAGGACCAUCUGACUCACCCUUCCAUCCCUCUGCUUCCAGCGUUGAUAAAGCUUUGCAGAAGUUCGUGCCCUCGUCUUCACCCCAGCACGCAUCCAAUGGCGGUUUGAGCCCUGGGCGCGCACAAAAUGCCAGGCGCAGUCUCUAUUCUCAUGCUCGGUCAAAAUCCCGAAGCCAGAUCUACCACAAGUAUGGAGCGGGCAAACUGGAGGUUGAGCUCAGUAAUGAGAGCAGCGGAGCAGAACAAGAUACAGAGGAUGAUGACGGGACGGCCGUUAACGUUCAGCCACGAUGCCGACUGUGGUCUGGCCAGGAAUUGACAUUUUUAUGUCAGAAGAAUAGCUCUAUACCCUUGGUGCUGUCCUUCCUCCAGAUAGGGUCGCCAGAGGCCAGCAAUACGCGGCCACCAGGGGCGUCCUGGUCAUCAGCAGCAAGUUGA